GAUGAGUUUUCAGUCUGCGGCGGACGAUGUGUUGAGUGCGCUCUCCCGCUGGGAAGCCAAGAAAACAAACAUCUCCAUAGAGAUGUGGCUUUUAGUAGAGAGGGAAAAGCACUUUUAAACUCCUUACUUCUCCCUCUGCGGCCUGCUGCUCUCACAAGCUUUACAUGAUGAGUUAUAUCCCACAGAGGAGCUCAGCCAGCAGAUAUCGGACUGCUCAUUGAUAGAUCACCUGCUUUACCCUGCCAUAAAUGUCCUGGGCAACCAUUAAUGGAACCGGAAGAGAUGGUACUGCACUUGUAACACUCUCAUGUUGGUGCUCAAUGUGCAUUUAUACCGCUCCAUCAACACUCAGUUGCAUUGAAUUCGCAGCAGUGUCUUCCUGCAUAACUCCUCCCUCUGCAAGGGGCUUUCAGAUUUACGUAAUAAGUCAAUAAAAUACACACUGUCUUAUUUUGAUUUACCGAUGAAUUGUUCAGACAACAGUCACCCAGUGAGUGCACAGUAUUGAGGUGUGGUACACGUGGGGGCCUGUACCUGCACUCAAAGCACCUCACAAGAGAAUCAACACUUAGUGGAUGAUUGACAGGAGUCGGUGUAUCCGUGCAGUACAAGUCUAGUGGAUUAUUAUCAAGAAGCAUUGUGGCAAGACAGAGAGAAGCUGGAGCCUUAAAUCACUGGUAUAACUCUUUAAAGUGGGUUCAUGGGAAAUAUUGUCAGUGUGUGAUUUGGCUUUAUGCAAUAUCUUGAUUAAGUCUAAAGGGACUCACUUUGAACCUGUUUUACGUGUGCUAUAACAGGAAACAGUUCUAAACGUUUUUUUUCAAUCCCGUUGCGGACCAAAACAAUGCUGAUCAGUUCAUUUAUAUUUCAUUGACACAUCAAUGAGAGCUUUUCAUCGAGGCUCGCAUUUCUCUCUUCUCGCUUCACUGCUCACGAACAAAAUUACCUUUGGAGCCAAAAAAUGAAAUGAAAUAAAAAGAUGCAUCAAGUCAUAAUCGAACAAAGGGUUAUGAAAGUUCAAACCUACAUUCGUAAAUGAAAGUGGUGGAUAGUGAGAAUCCAGUGAAGCAGGCCGGAAAGUUUUUUUCUUGCUCCAACAUUCCAAUGGCACGUCUGCUCAAGUCAGGACCUGACGUCACACGACCGAGAGCGCCUGAGGUCUGCUCAGUGUGCGUUCCUCUUCUCGGUUGUAUCUUCAGCCUUUUGUCUGGUUCAUCUCAUUUGCUGUUGACUCCCAUGCGGAUGAUGGGCUUCUCCUGCGACGUGACGACGCUGCGUGUUUCUAGAUGGGUUUCCAUCCUCGGGCUCAUUGCUGUGAGCCGCGGCCUGGAGCUGAAGACAAUCCCCCACGUGGUGGCUACAUGUGGAGAGAAUCUGACGCUCCCGUGUGAAGUCAGCGCCUCAGACCAGUUGAAUAUCAUCUCAUUUUCCUGGCUGGCAAAGAACGAAAGUAUGUGUCCUCACGAACACGGCCGACCCGACUCCCGGGCCGCGUGUGAAAGCGCCACUCAAGACCACAAACUCACGCUGACCCUCUACGACGUGAUGCCGGUCCACCAGGGCAAAUACUUCUGCAAAGUACGCGCCAACCACGGAGCAAAGUCCUCCACCACCACGGUCACGGUACAAGACUGCGUGGGGACCCCCGGCUUCUCGAUGAAUGAGUCCCAUGCCCAGUGCUGGUUCAGUGGAGUUUAUCCCAUUGGCUCCAUCAGCUGGUCCCAAGGAGGCCUUCAGCUCACACAGCCAGCAAGCACACGGGAGGAGAUGGACCCGCGUGGACGGUACACUGUCUCGAGCACGAUAGAGGCAAGGAAAGGGGAAGCGAAUCACCCGUAUAAGUGCUCGCUGUGGAUCCCCUCGGCCGGGAAGGAGCUCUCUAGUCAGGAGCUGCCUUGGGUCGGGAAGCAGAGGUCCUCGGGAAGCGCGGUGCAUCUGGCGUGGGCCUGCGCGGCGGUGGCAAUGAUGAAAAGUGUAAUAUGACGAACAGGGAUGUGAGGCUGCACUUGUUGCUGAGAUCUGCCAUUUAGUGGGCAUUUAUUCCAAAGGGAAACCGUAAGCAACACGUGUUACUCAACUCAUAACAGUGAUCGAUUACAGCACAUUAUGAUUUGUUAUCAAGAAAUAUUUUUUUUAAAUGUCAAUACACAGUGUUGCAGAAUGUCGCAGUAAUCGUGAAACAUUUUGAAAAUGCUUUGAAUAUUGUCGUGAUCAUAUUGUUCAUUAUUAGUACUUAGAGUCAAAGUAACUCUAAGCUGGUGUUCAUAUUGUUCCAAGCUUGUCAGUGUCGUGUGAAGUGUUAACAAUUUAAGGGUAGACAGGGUGCGCUGGCAACCACAAGGUUGACGGUUCGGGCCCCGGCUGCCCCAUGUUGUAGUGUCCCUGAGCAAGACACCUAACCCCUAACUGCUCCCUGGGCAAAAAAGUGUAAAAAGCCAUGGGUAUUAAACCUUCAGUUCCUCCAGGUGGCCAGAAGGAGGCAGUCCUCCCGUGCAGGACGGUCACUUUACUGCCUCUACGCACCUUAUCCAUUGUAAACGCUUCAAAUGACUUUGGUCCGUUUUCUGAAAAAUACAAACACUGUAGUAGAUCAUUACCCCCUUUUUUUAAAUAUGCUUUGUAGUUAUGCUGCAUACAAGUAUUUAAUGUGAUGAAUUUUAUCCGUGAAAACGGAGACACAUCGUUCAUGUUUGUAUUUUGUGUUCCUAAAAGUUAGGUUCCUCUUCCAGCUACAUGUUGUGUGUCUGGAAAGAGUUGCACAUCUGUUUACCGUACAGAUAUUUAGACCUUCAGGCCAUCAGUCACGAAGAACGCAGUUUGUUUGUUGAACUAUUUUGUGUUUGUAGCAAAGUUGCUGUUGUUGUAAGAUGCUUUUGUAUUUCAGUAUUGAGUGUGUUGACAGUUGCUUUGUGAUGCAACAUUUACAUGACACCCAGGUUUUGGGUCAAACUUUUAUUGUACCAGUACCCAUUUCUUUGUUUGUGAAACUGAAAUAAACUCAAAAGACCAAA